AUGCAUGAAAUAGUAACUAACACUAAUAAUUACCUGGAUAAAUUACGACCUAAUUAUGAGCAGAAAUCCUCAGUUUGCCCAACAAUUGUUGAGGAGCUGCAUGCUUUUUUUGGGCUACUUUAUUUGCUCGGCUUAUACAAAGCUUCCCAUUUAAAUCUACACGAAUAUUGGAAUACUGAUGGCAGUGCUCCAGAUUGUUUUCGAGCAGCUAUGAGCUUAAAUCGAUUCCGUGCUCUUAUGACAGCGUUCAGAUUCGAUGAUCAUGGCGAUCGAGAAGAACGAAAGAAAUUGGUUAACCUUGCACCAAUUCGGGAGUUUUCUUCUGGCUGUAUGAAAAGGUGUCAAGAAAACUACUCAGUUGGACCGUACACAACGAUUGAUGAAAUGCUAGAAGCGUUUAGGAGACGUUGUAAAUUUCGGCAGUAUAUUCCAAAUAAGCCAGCAAGAUAUGGAAUAAAAAUUUAUUCGAAGACACGUGACUUGUGAUAAUUUCUUUACAUCGAUACCACUGGCUGAGGAUUUAUUGACGAAUCAUUGAACUACGCUGGUGGGAACGAUCAGAGAAAAUAAAAAGGAGUUACCCCCGGAAAUGAUCAAUGUCAAAAAUAG